AUGAUAAUUUUCAGACCAAAUCUGCAGAUGCUUGUGGCAAGGGAUCACCCACGUGGAUUUCCAGCCUCAAACCUCCCCCAGGUUGUGUAUCCCUCCUUACCCAUCUGUGAUUCCAAGGCUGCCAGGGUCCUAGAAAAUUUGCAUCACCAGGAUCCAGGAGGGACAAGGAAGGAAAGUGCAUCAGCUUCAAAGCUAGAGAGUGGUGAGUUUAUACACUCACUUCCAGAGGCUCAGGAGACCCACAGAGUCCCUCCACCUGCUGCCAGCCAUGGGGCCACAAAGUCUCAUCUAGAUCCAUUGCCAAGAUACCUGAGUGUUCAGAGACAUGCUUGCUACUUCCAGGCAGCAAAUCCCCAAGAGAUCAGGACUCUCUGGGGCACUAGAAAAGGCAGUCUGACGCCAAGUACCAAUCCCAAAAUGAUCAAGCAUGCACCACAGAAGAGCCUUCAGGAGGUGGAAUCACGACAUCGUCCCUGGUGUAUGACAAUGGAAGGCCCUGGAGAAAGGGUCAGACCUUCAGCAACCAAACAAACUACAGUGGAGGUAAAAGAAGAGCCACCUCGUGUAUGGAGAGUGAGUCUGGGAUCCAGUGAGAGUCACAAUGGCAAGGACAUCAAUAUCAGUCCCAGGGUCUUUGGGUCUUUAUGGGCCAAUAAACUCCCAGCCCAUCUACAAAUACCUACCUCACAACACUCACAGGACUCAAGUCAGAAAAUUUUGAGUUCAAACCAGCAGCCAAGAGCCUGGCCUGUGAGUCUCCAUCCAGUUGGCCCCAGUAGAGUCCACCAUGCCAAGGUCAGCCUGCCCUCACAGGACUCUCUGCCCAGCUUCCAGGCUAGUUUCCCAAACACCAAGAUUUCCCAUGGCUUAUGUGAUGUCUUCAGGAAGAGAGAGGAAAGGGUGGAAACUAACGACAGCAGUGUUCCAAAGGACCAGAUCAAACUGCUGAAUCUCAAUGGGUUUCACCUUCAUGAAAAGAGGCAGAGCACUCUAAGAUCUACAGGCAUAACUCAGGGAGAAAGGCAUGUGAGAGUAAGACAUUCCAUCCCGAGCUCCACCGAGCUCCAGGAUACAGCCAAGACUUGGAUACCAGAAAAAGGAGAGGCUAUGUCUAAGACCUCGUGGAAGAACAUCCUAAGUAAUGCUUUUCUGUGUGGAAACCUUAGCACAAAAUGCAAGGGACAGCAGGAUAUUAUUCUAAAGAAUUCUAGCUCCCUACCAGCUACUGAGCAGACACAGAAGGUUGUAACAACAAAAGAGUCCAUCUACCAUAUGCCAGGUGAAAUUACAUGCCUAGCGAAUAUUCUGUUCCAGAUCGUAGAGAACACUGAAGGGAAGCAAUCAAAGGUAAAAGAGUGGUGUAAAGUGGAAUCACUGAGAUCCAAGCUGGGUGCCUCAUCCCAAACCUCUGAGGGUCUGUAUGACACACACCAUAACAGAGCAGCAAGCAGGAUGAGCUGUGGACAUGUCAGCUCAGAGGAGCACAACCGUCCAUUUACAUACAAGAGAAGUGGAGACAAACUGCACUCAGGAGUUGAUGCCCAGAGAGCCUGUGAACAACAUCCAAAGCAAGUGAAGAAAGAAAUGGCCUUUAAGCUGUUACCUUCUCCCAAAGGGAAUGAAAAUCCAUGUAGGUACAGGGUAACUGGAGACAAACACAAGCCAGGCCUUGCUUUCCAGAGAGCCUUAGACCAGAAUAGGUCAAGGAGCAGGUGGCUCAGGCCACCCAUGCCUUCACACACCAGGAGUUUCUAAAAGAUGCCCAUCUGCCCAGUCA